AUGGUGCAGAGCUCGAGUGCUGUGUUUCUGUGGCUGCUGCUCCUCGGGGUCGAAGGCCGUUUCGGGGAGCAGCCUGCCAACGCCAGCGCCGUGCUGGGUUUUGGGGUGCAGCUGCGGUGCGCGGUGGAGGGGGGUCGGGGGGGGGCGGUGCAGUGGGCGCGGGGGGGGCUGCUGCUCGGGCCCCUCCCCCACCCGCGGCACCCCCGCUACCGCCCCCGCGGGGACCCCAACGCAGGCGAGCACCACCUCGAAAUUGCGGGGGUGACACUGGAGGACGACGCGGCCUUCGAGUGCCAGGUGGGGGGGGGCAACGGCAGCGCCCCCCAGGCCUCGCGCCCCGCCCAGCUCACCGUACUGGUGCCGCCCCGCCCCCCCCGGCUGGAGGCGCCCCCCGGGCCCUGGGGGGGAGGGGCCGAGAUCACCGCCCGCUGUCACGUGACCGACGCCCGCCCCCCCGCCACCCUGACCCUCACCCUGGGGGGAGAAACGUUGUCCGACGUCACCACUCGCGUCUUCGAGGGUUCCCACCCCAAACUGAGCUCCAGCGAGGCCACCGUCCGGCUGCGGCCGAGCCCGGAGAUGGACGGGCAGGAGCUCGUUUGUGCCGCCGCUAACGAGGCCGGGGCGGCGCCCGCCCGCGACUCCGUCACCCUCCGCCUGCUCGUUCCUCCCAGUUCCCCCACCAUCGAGGGACUGGAGUCGCCCCACGUGCGGGCGGGGGAGACCCUGCGGCUGCGCUGCCUCGUGCGGGGGGGCAACCCCCCUCCCAGUCUGCACUGGGACAAGGACGGGGUCCCUCUGGCCGUGCCCUGGGUGGCCGCGGGGCCCCUCACCAGUAGCCAACUGGUGUUACUGGUGGGAGCUGGGGACGAUGGGGUCACCCUGAGGUGCAGCGCCCGCAGCCCCGUGCCCCCCCCCGCGCCCACCACCAGCGUCACCAUCAGCGUCACCUACCCGCCGGCCGAGGUGCGGAUCGCGGGGACGGCGGCGGUGGCCGAGAACGGGACGGUGGCGCUGAGCUGCACCAGUGCUCCCAGUAACCCCCCAGUACAGCUGCGCUGGUGGCUGGGGGGGCGCCAACUGGAGGCCAGCGAGAGCGGGAGCGCCCAGGCGGAGGGGCGGGGCUGGGUCACGUGGUCCAACGUGACGCUGCGCGGGCGCCGAGAGGAUCACGGGAAGAGCCUCGAGUGCGAGGCCCAAAGCGCGGGGCGGAGCGCCAGUGUCCCAGUCAGCGUCAGCCACCCCCCCCGGGCCCUGUGGCUCGAGCCCCCCCCCCCGGUGCCCCCCCUGCGGGCGGGGGAGCGGCUGCGGCUGCGCUGCCUGGCGAGGGGGGGGCACCCGGCACCGCGCCUCGCCUGGACCAAGGACGGCCGCCCGGUGAAGGAGGGGCGUCAGACGUCGUCGCACGAGGGGUCCCUGGUGACGCGGGAGCUGGUGGUGACGGUGACACCGAGUGACAACGGGGCCACCUACGGCUGCGAGGCCACGGGGGACCCCCGGGGGGACCCCCUGCGCGUCCUCACCCGACUCCACGUCCUCUUCCCUGCGCUGUCGGUGUCCAUCUCGGUGUCCCCUCGUUCUCCGCGCCCGGAGCAGACGGUGCUGCUCACGUGUCUCGCCGGGAGCGCCAACCCCCCCCCAACCCUACGCUGGAACCGACGGGGACAGACGCUCCCCGGGGUCCCCCUCUCCGCUGUCCCCUCCUCUCACUCCGGUGUCACCGUUGGGUCCCGUCUGCGCCUCCCGGUGACACUCGAGGACCACGAGGACAUUGUCACCUGCGAAGCCGUCAGCCCCGAACUCGGGGUGACAGUGAGCGCCCAACACCACCUGCUGCUGCGGCACCCGCCCCAGUUGGAGGGGGGGGGCGCGGAGGUGGUGGUGCGGGAGCACGAGGCCGUGGAGCUGCCCCUCAGCGUCCGCGCCCACCCGCCCGUCGAGAGCUGCGCCUGGAGCCGGGGCGGCCGCCCCCUCCUCCCCGGUGGGUCCCCGCGGCUCCGCUUCGGCCCUGGGGUGGCUCUGACGGUGCUCAAUGUGUCCCGCGGCGACGCCGGCGCUUACGGCGUAAACUGCCGCAACGCCGAGGGGGAGACCCGCGCCAGCCUGAGCCUCGCCGUGCUCUACCCCCCCUCCAUCGUGCGGGCGCCCGACCCCGUGGUGGUGGACGAGGGCGGCGCCGCGGAGCUGCUGUGCGCCAUCGAGGGGAACCCACUGCCCCCCAACUGCCUGCAGUGGGGCCGCCUGGCUGAGGCGCAGGAGGGCCCGGUCCCCCUCCCCCCAUCUCUGGUCCCCACUUGGGGGGCGGCCGUGGGGCGGCUGUGGGUCGCGGGCGCUCAGCGGGACUUGGGGGGCGUCUAUGAGUGCCGAGUGGAUACCGGGGUACCCCCCCCGGCCCGGGCCGUGCUGAGGCUGGUGGUGAGAUACCCCCCCGAGGUGGAGGCGCCGGCGUCGCCGGUGUUGGUGGCGCCGGGGGCGGAGUCGGCGCAGCUCCGGUGCCGAGCGCGCGGCGUUCCCCCCCCCGAGGUCACGUGGGAGCUCCGCGGGAGGCCCCUCCCCUCCCAGCACCACAGUAGAUACCAGUCCCACCAGUGGCGCGAGGGGCACUGGACCAGUUCCGUCCUCACCGUCACCAACAUCACCCUGGACCGCCUCCGCCUGCGCCACCAGUUCCACAACUGGGACCAGUACCAGAGCCGCCCCCGGCACCAGUACCGCAACUGGGACCAGUUGGAAGAUUGGCACUGGGAGGAACACCGCAACCGCAGCGUCGGCACUUUCGUCUGCGUCGCUCAAAACCCCCUCGGAAGCGCCCGACGCCGCUUCCAACUGCGCCUGGCAGACCGCCCCGAGGCCCCCCGGGAGCUGCGGGUGUCGCGGGUGACGCCGACGUCGCUGAGCCUCUCGUGGAGCCCCGGCUUCGACGGAGGACUCCCCCAGAGCUUCCUCGUCAGCGCUCGAGGCCCCGGCGCUCCGCCCCCUCUCGUGGCUCCGGGCCCCGCCCUCACCCUGGGGGGUCUCCUUCCGGCCACGCCCUAUGACGUCACCGUACGGGGCCGCAACGCCCGCGGAGACAGCGCCGCUUCCGGGAUCCGCGCCGUCACUUCCGAGGUACCCGAGGAGCCGCGGCCAUGGGGGGAGGGGGAGGGGCCGGCGCCACCCCCAGCAGCAGCCCCCGCCCCGCCCCCCCUCGGGCUGGUGGGGGCUUUGGUGGCCCUGGGGGCGCUCCUGGUGGCCACCGCGGGGGGGGGGGCGCUUUGGUGCUGCCUCCGCCGGGACCCCAAAAACGGGGGGGACCCCAAAAACGAGGAAGGGGGGGCAGCAGGAGGAGGAGGAGGAGGAGCACCCCCCAACCAGUAUGGAGCUGUGGGGGUUCCCAGUGAGAGCCUGGAGGUGAGCUCGGAGGGCUCCUGGCUCCGCCCCUACGAUGACGUCAUCGACUGGGGGGGCUACGAGGAGGUGCCCCCCCUCGUCACCCCCCAGGGGGAGCUCGUCUGACCCCUCCCCCCCAAUAAACUCCGCCCCC